AUGACUGAAAAAAUACCAAUAAAAAAUUAUCAAAGGACAAAUGCCAAUGCUUUGCUUAAAUUGACAGAAAAACUUUUCAAUAGGGACUUCUUUGAUCUCUAUUUAACAUCUCAGCAAUUGGUCGUCCUCGGGUAUUUACUGUCUAUCUCAAGCAAAGAAGACAAACUCAAAGCAUGGAAUCAUUUCUUGAAGGGAAACAUAACGUUAAAUGUCGAAAAGUCAUUACCAUCAACCCAAGAAGAAGAAAGAGGUGAAAUACUAUCUUCCGUUGUCGACAUCCGCCCAGACGAUGUAUCGUCGCAGAUAAUUAAGGAUAAUAGCCAUACUAGUGCUAGCAGCAACAUCGAAAAUGAAAAACAGAGUGAGAAUAAAGGAAAUGAAGCGAUCGAAAAUGAUGAGAAUAUUUUGAAUGGUGAUGAAAACGAGAACGUCGAAGAAGACUUGUUCAAGCUAGAUCUAGAGGAUUUGAAGCAACAAAUAAGCGGUACAAGAUUUAUUGGAAAUCUGUCCCUGAAAAUCAGGUAUGUUUUAUGGCAAUGUGCGAUAGAUUAUAUGUAUAGUGAUCGUAAUGAGUUUGAUGAUGAGAAUAGUACCGAAUACACUCUGUUGGAUGUUGAAGAGAAUGACGAAGAGGAAUUCGAUGGAAGGGAAAAACCACAAGACCAAGAAAGUGUUCCGAAGUUCACCGAGGAUGAAGAUUAUGACGACGAAGAUGAAGAUUAUGAUGAAGAUAUUACAGAAGAAAAGAAGUCAGAAUGUCUUAUAAAACAUCCCAAUAUCCUUCCCUCUUCCAAUAUUGAAAUUGAUGAUGAUCGACGCUUAUUACUGAACAUUUCAAUAUCAAAAGAAACGUUGACAAAACUAAAAACAAACAACAUAGAAGAAAUUAUGGGAAAUUGGGAUAAAAUAUACCACAAUUUUGAAUAUGACAAAGAAACUAUGAUAAAGCGUUUAAAACUUGAAGAAAGUGAUAAAAUGAUAGAGAAGGGAAAGAAGAAACGAAGUCGAAAUGAUUUAGAAGCGGCUACCGAUGAUCAAAAUCAAGAGAGGAUAAACAAUGAGCUAGAUACGAGUCAAGCAUUAUCAACCCCUGAAGGUUCAUCUCUUAGCGAUACCGGGAACAAGCGCCCUAAACAUAAUAAUUUAGAUCUAACAGUCAACUUGGGUAUAGAAAACCUAUCACUAAAACACCUUCUAUCAUCUAUUCAAGAAAACAAAUCCCAACUGGGAAUAUCUGAUUACGAAUUGAAACAUUUAAUAAUGGACGUUAGAAAAAAUCGGUCGAAAUGGACAUCAGAUGAAAGAAUUGGCCAAGAAGAGUUAUAUGAAGCUUGUGAAAAGGUUGUAUUAGAAUUGAGAAACUACACUGAGCAUUCAACACCAUUUUUGAAUAAAGUGAGCAAAAGAGAAGCUCCCAAUUAUCACCAAAUCAUCAAAAAGUCUAUGGAUCUCAAUACUGUUUUAAAGAAAUUGAAAAGCUUUCAAUAUGACUCCAAACAAGAAUUCGUCGACGAUAUUAUGCUAAUAUGGAAAAAUUGCUUGACAUAUAAUUCAGACCCCUCACAUUUUUUGAGGGGACAUGCUAUUGCUAUGCAAAAGAAAUCUCUCCAAUUGAUUCCUAUGAUCCCUAAUAUUACAAUCCGAAACAGGGCUGAUUUAGAGAAAGAAAUUGAAGACAUGGAGAAAGAUAAAGAUUAUGAAUUAGAUGAAGAGGAAGAAGUUGCUGGUUCUGGAAGGAAGGGACUAAACAUGGGGGCUCAUAUGUUGGCAAAGAGGAAUGACAAGGCAUCAAAAAAGGGUACCGGCAAAACAGUUAAAGACAAGACAUCAUCCACUAAGAACGAAGCAUCAAUCAUCAAGGAUGAAGCAUCAACUGCCAAGGACGAAGCAUCAACUGCCAAGGACGAAGCAUCAACUGCCAAGGACGAAUCAUCAACUGCCAAGGACGAAGCAUCAACUGCCAAGGACGAAGCAUCAACUGCCAAGAACGAAACAGCAACAGUUAAGGACGAAAAAUCAGCGGAUAGUGACGUAAUAGCUUCUGUGGUACCUGAUGGAGAAAAGGAAAAAGACAAAACUGACUCACUCAUUGCAACCUUGGAUAAAAAAUGUAGUAAUAACGAAUUCGAAGAAAAUGAGACACAUAGGGAGCAAAGAAAGGUUGGGGAAAGUGGAAAAGCUGAGGAAUUGAAUGGGAAUCCAGAUAUUGCGAGAAAGGACACAGAGGAUGGGUUACAAAGUAAAAUGGAAGGAAAGAAGGAACUAGAGGUGAAUAAUGAUGAAGAAGAAGAGGACGAAGAAGAAGAAGACGAAGAUAUGGUCGAAUCCCAGUCGUAUUUACUUGAAAAGGACGAUGAUAGGGACGAUUUGGAGAUAUCUGUAUGGAAGACUGUGACUGCCAAAGUUCGUGCCGAGAUAUGUUUGAAAAGAGCUGAUUAUUUUAAGAAUGGAAAAUUGAAUAGCGAUUCAGAAGCGUUCUUGAAGAAUCCACAAAGAAUGAAAAGCUUUGACCAGCUCUUCCUAGAAUAUAAAGAGCAAAAAGCUGUGGAAUCGUAUCGUCAAAAAAUAGAGCAAGAUUCCAUCAUGAAAAAUGGGUUUGGAACAGUAUUAAAACAGGAAGAGGAUGACCAGUUGCAGUUUCAUAAUGACCACUCCCUAAGUGGAAAUGAAGCUUUCGAAAAGCAGCACAAUGAUAUUGAACUAGAUGACACAAGAUUUUUACAGGAAUAUGACGUUAGUAACGUUAUUCCUGACAUAUUAUAUGAGGGAGUGAACAAUAAAACAUUAGACAAAAUGGAGGAUGCCUCUGUGGACCGCAUGCUUCAAAAUGGGAUCCAUAAACAAAGUUUGUUUUUAGCUAACAAGGAUUUGGGGCUAACACCUAAAAUGAACGAAAAUAUCACGCUAAUUCAACAAAUUAGACAUAUAUGCCAUAAAAUAUCAUUGAUUAGAAUGCUACAGAGUCCCUUGUCGGGCCAAAACUCUAGAAGUAAUCCCAACGCAUUCCUCAACAACCACAUUUAUAACUACACUAUUAUUGAUGACUCACUUGAUCUUGAUCCUGUGUCUCAACUUCCAACCCAUGAUUACAAAAACAAUAGGGAACUGAUAUGGAAAUUUAUGCAUAAGAACAUAUCCAAAGUUGCUAUGGCCAACGGCUUUGAAACUGCUCAUUCAUCCGCGAUAAAUAUGCUCACCGAAGUCGCCGGGGAUUAUCUAUCCAAUUUAAUUAAAACCUUAAAACUCCAUCAUGAAACCAACUCUCUAAAUAGAGGGACACAUGUGGAAAUGUUGCAAACAACACUACUAGAAAAUGGUAUUAAUAGGCCAGAUGACCUGUUUUCCUACGUUGAAUCUGAGUUUGGCAAGAAAACGAAAAAACUUCAGGACAUUAAGCACAAGUUGGAAAACUUUCUAAAAGCUCUGUUAAGGCCAACUUUACAAGAGUUAUCCGAGAGAAAUUUUGAAGACGAAAGUCAAAGUUUUUUUACUGGUGACUUUGCAAGCGAAUUGACUGGGGAAGACUUUUUUGGUUUUAAAGAACUUGGAUUAGAAAAGGAGUUUGGAGUUUUGAGUUCGUCUGUUCCAUUACAGCUACUGACCACCCAAUUUCAAACUGUUGAUGGGGAAACCAAAGUACAGACUAAAAAGAUCCAACCAGAAGAAUCUGACAACAUCGUUUACAAGAAGAUUACUAAAGGUAUGUUGGAUGCUGGUUCGUUCUGGAAUACUUUACUUCCGCUAUUGAACAAAGACUACGAGCGCUCUAAAGCCUAUAUAACAAAACAAAGCAAAUCAUCUGCGAAUGAUAAAAUCUCUACCACUUCGACAGAUGACAGUUUCUUCGCUUUAUUAGAAGAAGAUCAGUUUGUUUCAAAAAAAACUGCCACGAAGGCAAGAUUACCCCCUACUGGUAAAAUAAGUACCACAUACAAGAAAAAAUCAAUCGCAACUGCGUUCAUACUUCCAGAAGAGGAACCGGAGAUUGACGAGAAAGCAGGUUCAACAGCAACUGUUAAUUCCAGAGUGCAUACAGAAAAUGAUGUCGGUUCUUCAUUUGUAUUGGGGACUUCCCAACAGUUGGAUCCUUUGAAUAUAGACGAUAAUUUUGACGAUUCCAACAUGGGAAGCAAUAGUUCAUUUAGCUUGAGUCUUCCCCGCUUGAAUCAAUAA